CUACCAAAAGUAGCCUCGUCAAUCAAUGGCUAAUAUCCCAAACCACCUCCAAAUCCUAUACCUAAGACAAAAAGCCAUGACCAAUCUCCCUCAAACCAAACAAGAAACCGACUACGCCGCUCGGUCGCAUUGGCUCCGAGCCGCCACGCUCGGAGCCAACGACGGCCUGGUCUCCAUCUCAUCCCUCAUGAUGGGAAUCGGAGCCACCAGAGCCGGCUCCAAAGCCACGAUCCUCACGGGCUUCGCAGCCCUUUUCGCGGGCGCGUGCAGCAUGGCCGCGGCCGAGUUCGUCUCCAUCCACUCCAUAGAGACGGCCCGGACGAAGAGCGAGAGAAGAAGAAGAUCGAUUCCUAACCCUUUGCUUGCCGCCAUGGCGUCGGCGCUUGCUUUCUUGUUGGGAGGGAUUGUGCCGUUGCUCGCGGCUGCGUUUGUAGAUGACUCUAGGGUUGGGGCGGGGGCGGUGGCGGCGGCCGGGACGCUGGGGAUGGCGGCGUUUGGCGGGGUCAGGGCGGCGCUUGGCGGGACGGGGGUGGUGGGUGGUUGUGGGAGGGUGGUGGUGGGAGGGUGGGUGGCUAUGGGCAUCACUUUUGGUCUCACAAAGUUAAUUGGGGAUAGUGGUUUUGGUGGUGUGGUUAAUAGUGUAGAAUAG